GGUGGAAGCUCGCUGACUGGGUCUUGGUGUUUCGCGCAAUGCUGCGGCUGGGAGACCUGACGCUGACACCGAGACACUUGAAUUAGCUUUAGCAGAAGAGAGAUGGAGGAACCAUAGAACAUUAAGGAUGAAUUCAGGAAGACCCGAGACCAUGGAGAACUUGCCUGCUCUCUACACUAUUUUCCAAGGAGAGGUUGCUAUGGUGACAGACUAUGGAGCCUUUAUCAAAAUCCCAGGCUGUCGGAAACAAGGUCUGGUCCAUCGAACUCAUAUGUCAUCCUGUCGCGUGGAUAAGCCCUCUGAGAUAGUAGAUGUUGGAGACAAAGUGUGGGUAAAGCUUAUUGGCCGAGAGAUGAAAAAUGAUAGGAUAAAAGUAUCCCUGUCCAUGAAAGUUGUCAACCAAGGGACUGGGAAGGACCUUGACCCCAACAACGUUAUUAUUGAGCAAGAAGAGAGGCGGAGGCGGUCCUUCCAGGAUUACACUGGGCAGAAGAUCACCCUUGAGGCUGUCCUGAACACUACCUGCAAGAAGUGUGGCUGUAAAGGCCACUUUGCAAAGGAUUGUUUCAUGCAACCAGGUGGGACCAAGUACUCUCUGAUACCUGAUGAGGAAGAGGAGAAGGAAGAGGCAAAGUCAGCAGAGUUUGAAAAGCCUGACCCCACGAGAAAUUCUUCUAGAAAAAGAAAGAAGGAAGAGGGGCCGUGUGCUACUGAGGAAAACUCAGAUUUCCAGUCAUAUGAUCUGCAUGCAGAUUCCAGCCCUGCCUGUGUGAUCUGGGGCAAGUGGCUUUCAACUUCUCCAGCCACGGAUACUAUCUCAUUAAAACAGCCAUGUGACAUAGGUGCUGUUCUCGUCUCUGUUUUACAUUUGAGGCGACUAGGCCUCCGUGAGGUCAAAUGACUUGCCCAAGGUUACAGAAGAGUAAUCGUAAGUAGCAGAGUCAUAACUCAAGUCUGGGUCUAACAUCUGGUUUUGUGUUUUGUCCACUGUUUCUCACAGCCAGCUCCCAAGACCUGGUCUAUCAGGCCGACUUACAGCUCUCAGGAUGCUGGUUGGAAGCCUAUAGGAGGAGCACGAGCCGUGCCCUCUUCUAUUCUCUCUUUUUCCCCUAGUCUCUUUUUCUUAGAAACCUUACCAAGGCAAUAUACAAAUUUACAAUUCAAGGAAGAGGUUUAUGCAGUUUAAAAACUGCUCCAAGAACCCUACAGAAGCCUGGGGACCUGUGUCUCAUCCUUUGUGUGCGUUUGUGCUGUUAAUUUGGCAGCAUAACGUGGUGGGAAUAGUGUUGAGAAAGUUCUUUCUGAGCGUUUAUCUUUAGCAGUAUACUCUUGAGAGACUGGUUGUGAAAGCUAGAGACGAUAAGUAGUCAAGGGCAGCAGGUGGGCCUUAUUCACUGACAGCAGUUAUUUUCCCUGGCAGCAGGGUCUAAUAGAGACCAUGCUGGGAGUCCUAAGUCUAUUUAUUAUUCUCUUACUCUUGGGCAUGCAAAGUACUGUCUGUAGACAGACUAGGUGAUCUCUAAGGACUCCUUUCAGCUUUAAUAUCCUGUGCUUUUUAAAAAUGAAUGUAAUAAAUGGUUACUUAAAAAAAAUGAAAAAGGACAAAGACCCUAGCUUCUCUGUAUUCAGUUCAUUCCUGAGGUAACACUUGUUGCCUGUUUGUGUCCUUUCCAUUGUUUUCUGUGUUUUUUAAAUAUAUUCAGGUAUGUUACAUACACAUUUUUUUAGCUCUUUAUUGGAAUAUAACUGCUUUACACUCUUAUACCAGCUUUUGAGGUACACCAAAGUGAAUCAGCUGUAUUUAUACAUAUAUCCCCAUACAUAUACAUAUUAUAUUACUACAUACUGCAUUGUGACUUGAUCCUUUUUCACUUGUUUUGAGCUCCUUUUUUUUUCUUGUUAGUACUUAAAGAUGUAAUUAUUUAAUUAAUGUUGUAUAAUUUAUUAAGUUAUUCCCUGAGUACACACCAUGAUUUUUUAAAAGCAAAUAUACACAUACAAUGUUGAGUUUUUAGGGUUUUUUUGGUUUUGGUUUUGUUUGUUUUUUUCAGGAGAAGAAGAAAAAGAAACAUAGAGACAGGAAGUCAUCUGACUCUGACAGUUCAGACUCUGAGAGUGAUACAGGCAAGAGGGCAAGGCACACAU